AUGUUAGAUCAGGGUAUUGUAAGACCUUCCGAAUCUGCAUGGAGGUUACGCAUCUGGGUUGUGCCAAAGAAAGUAGAUGCUUCUGGCAAACAUAAGUGGCGUCUUGUAGUUGACUUUCGCAAAUUAAACGAAAAGACACUUGACGAUAAAUAUCCUAUCCCUAAUAUUAGUGAUGUUCUUGACAAAUUAGGGAAGUGCCAAUAUUUUACCACCUUAGACUUAGCAAGCGGAUUUUAUCAGGUCGAAAUGAACCCUCAGGACAUAGCGAAAACCGCUUUUAAUGUUGAGCAUGGCCAUUUCGAAUUUCUUCGCAUGCCAAUGGGCCUGAAAAACAGUCCAUCUACUUUCCAAAGAGUUAUGGACAAUGUCUUAAGGGGGCUACAAAAUCAUAUAUGCCUUGUAUACCUAGAUGACAUAAUUGUGUUCAGCACUUCGCUCCAAGAACAUAUGGUUAACCUAGACAAAGUAUUUAGUAGAUUUCGCGAGUCCAACUUUAAAAUUCAAAUGGACAAAUCGGAGUUUCUCAAACAAGAAACGGCUUACCUCGGUCAUAUUAUCACCAGGGACGGUAUUAAACCAAACCCCGAUAAAAUUUCGGCUGUUCAAAAAUACCCUAUUCCAAAGAAUCCAAAAGAAAUUAAACAAUUUUUAGGCCUUCUCGGUUAUUACAGAAAGUUCAUUCCGGAUUUCGCUCGUAUUACUAAACCAUUAACUCAGUGUCUUAAGAAAGGCAAAACGGUAACAAUAGACAAUAAUUACGUUAACGCUUUCGAAAAACUAAAGAGUUUAACCUAA